CGUAUGGAUCACCUCGUAGUUUAUGUUAACAAAAUUUCAUACAUGUACAGCUUGUAAAAAUGGUUUCUAUAGCGUUAGGGCUUAGGCUUAGUAAUUAGGAAGUUGUAGGUUCGAACCCGGUUAGGAAAAAAUUCUUGAAAAAAAAUAAGUGACCGAGGAAUAUAUACAAUUAUCAACAUGAAAUACCAUCUCGUUGAAAUUUUUUUUUUUUUUUGUAUUUUAAUUCAACGUGACACGUAGAAAUUUUCACAGGAUACCUCGUAAAAAUUACGACAUUGUACUCAAAAAAAAAACUUAUCUUUUAGCUUAUGUUUUAAUUCUCUCAGUGUAGAAGCAAAAAUCAUAUGGCAGUAGAAAAUCAAUACUCGACAUAACUAUACAAUAUUCUCGGGCGCAACCUCAAAUAAAAAAUGAUUUUUGAACGAUAAAAAAUUUGAAUAUGACACCAAUUUUUAAAUAUUUAGGUAGAUCUUUCAAUGAGUUAUUAGUAUCGGGGCAAUUAUUGAAUCAAAAACGAUAUGAAUUGAUGAUCGUCACUCAAAAAUUGUACAUAUUGUAAAGAUGAUAAAACAAAGAAGAAAAACAACAAGAUCUCGCGCAGACAAAAUAGUCAAUGACCUCUGUUUUAGUUAAGGAGGUCAGUAGUUCGACAAUCUACUGUGCUAUCUCUAAUGUCAGUCACUUAUUUUUCUCAUUAUUGAUUUUACACUUAUUUCUAAUCUCUCAUAUGUCAAUGGGUGAUCCAACUAAUAGAGUAGUAAUGUAAAAAAAAUAAGCAUUUAAUUUCUCCUGGUUCAUGAAAAGUAUUAUAUUACUAUGAAUUUUAUACUGGUUAGUGGUCAAAAUAAAAGACUGAUGCGCUGGCGCAAGCUGCUAUUUGCCCGGGACGAUAACACCCAGGCAAGAGCCUCAGUCUCCGGGCUGCUGGGAGUGUCGAAUCGUGUUUUACAUCGCAAUUUAAAUCUUAAAGAGUUAUCUAGGAAUUCGUCUUGUUUAGUAUUUGUGACUAAAAUAAACAUUAGUCAUUAGUCAUUUAAUCAGGUUAAGAAGUGAAAAAAUAAUAGUGAGGAAAAAAUAUUAGUUUUUUUAUUAUUGAGUAUUACAAGGCGUAAAUCCACUGUUCAGUAAGGAUUUUUUUAUAUUUUUCUUUAAAGUAACACUCAAAGUCAGUCACUAACGAUUCAGGUUUUCAAAAAGUCAAUUAUGAUCAUAUCACGAUCUCUUUAACCAAUAUUGAAUACGUGAAAUGACCUCAUUGAGUAGUGCUUUUCAUAACAGAAAACAAAUUGCAACUCGUCAUACUUUUUUGGAUAAUUUUAUCUCAAUUUCGAAUACAGAAGUUGAUUUACAAACUAAUUACAUCGAACAUAAAAUUUUAUUUUUUCCGAUAAUUAAUUUUAAUAAUUUUUGAGAGACAGUUCAGUGAAAAAAUUAAAGACACAAACUAAAAACAAUGGUGGGUAGUGGUAAUUUUAAAGUUGCAACUGUUGAAGUUGAAGCGUUAUCGACGAAUGACAACACAUCAACGCUUCCUUCGAAUCGUACUCUUAACCCACAAAAUAGUGGUGGUGAAGUUGGUCCACCAGCAAAUGCUCAAGAUAAUGCUGAAAAGAACAACGCUGCGAACAAAGAAAUGGAACUUAAAAAUGUUCGAUCAACACCUUCAAAACAAACAUCAUUAUUCAUCAUUAUGAGUUUCAUUUAUGCAAAGCUGCUAGUCGUUAUUUGUAUUGCUUACGUAAUAAGCGAAGUUGUAACUCAUAAGCUGCCACUAUACUAUUUUGAAGGAUUUUUCACUUAUCUCUAUGGUAUGAGUAUCCUGUUCCUGCUAUACGUAUUUUGCUUCCUCCUUCAAGAAAGUGCUUGUUGUGCAAGAAACGAGUCGCCUUCAGCGAUACCCGAACCACCAAAACAACCAAAAGAAUCAAAAAAUAAAAAUGAAAAAAAGGAUAAAAAAAAUAAUAAGAAGGAUCCUAAAAGUGGAAAAAGCAAAAAAAAAUCACAGGAUGCAACUGAUGUAGAAGCCGGUGUCUCAACUCGAGUUCUCCGAAGACGCAAAACAUCUCAGAAUUAUCACAGCCAUGGAAGCUUUUUUCUUAGGAUCGGAGCUAUUGCUUUUGGACUUGGAACAAUGGUAUACAAUGGGCUGGAAUUUGGAGCAUUUUUCGAAAUUCCACCAACUUCACCCUGCUUCCAAAUUCUUCACGGUGUGAACCCAAUUCUCCAAAUGGUCUUUACUUUUAUGCAAAUGUACUUCAUUUUCAUGAAUUCAAGGCUCAACAUUCAUCGAUUCAAAAUGAUUGCUCGUUUCGGUUUGAUGCAUGUCGUUGCAACAAAUAUCUGCGUUUGGGUCAAAACGUUAGUUUUCGAGAGCUUAAAAGAAAUAACUCAAAUUGGACAAAAAAUUGGAAAACAAGAACUUGGAAUUAUAGAAAGCAUUAGACAACAUGCAUUGAACAAUGCUGGUACCAUCCUGGGUUUGGCUCCACGAGACAUGUCUCAGUUUCGUCUGGGUGGUGGUGACUUAUUGGAAACUCGGAGCACGACUUCUGCGACAACUCGAAAAAUAGCGAAGACAACAAUAUCAACGGUUGGUCGAUAUGCACGCUCAACAGCAAGAUCUGUAGCACGAGCGAUUACAGCUCACCCAGCUUCGACAACAACUGCAGUUCCAUUUACAUCAACCAUAACUACACCAGUGACAACUACCAUUGAAAGUGUGCCAACGUCUUCAACAACAACUAGCGAAAAAUUUAAUACUUUUUCACCAACAUUUUCGACUUUGAUCAAUGCUAUUACUAAAUAUUCUUCUUCGACUCUAAAAUCUUCAAACUUAAGUACCUUAACAUCAACAUCAAUUUACCCACCAACACCAACAUCAUCUCCUUUGUCUUCUUCAGAUCCUCUUUUCUGGGAUUUUGCUGAUGCUCCACAAAAAAAAAUUGAAAAUAGAGUUUCACAAAUUUUCGAUCUAGCAAAUUCGACAAAUAACAGUAAAGUUUGGAGUCCAAGUUUUGAAUCCUAUCAUUCAUCGCAACCUGCUGACAAUGCUUGUGGCCGCGUCAAUAUCAUGGGAAAUAUUGUGCAGGAAGCUGCACCAUAUCUAUUUCCUUUUAUAAUCGAGUACAGCUUAAUUGGAGCAGCCGUAAUUUAUAUUAUGUGGAAACAUAUUGGGCGUUAUCCACGCUAUCAAGCUGAGGCUGAUCUUGAACGCCGACUUGAAGCAAUGUUGUCACGCAGAGCGGUUGCACUUGCUCAUGCUGGGAAUGGGAGAGUUGAUUGUGUAGGAGCCAGUAAAGGUCUUUUCUUAGGUCUAUUUCUUCUUGUUGGAUCACUUAUCUGUUUGAUUCUUUUUUUUGUGCUUAUUCAUCAUCCCAAUUUUGGUUUACUUGCUAUUUAUUUAGCUGAUGUUUCACAUUGUGCUCUAAUGGUUCUUUCAAUAUUCGCUAUUAUUAUUGGUUUUAUUCGCGUCCAAAGAUUAAAAUUCAAAGCAGAAGAACAAAGUGAUCUUAAUGACAUUCUUCUUCGAGUUUCUGCAUUUGGAUUAUUUCUCUAUGCUGUUUUCAGUGUUAUUGCAGGUUCCUUCGCAGCGUUUACUCAUGAGCCAAAUCUUCUUGUCAUGGUAACUGGAGCACUCGCAAUUUUCCAAGUUAUUCUACAAAUGAUGUUUAUUGCCGAUGUUUCACGAAGACGUGUUCACCUUCCUGAACAUGAUCGUAGCAAGCCUGGACGUCAAGUUGUAACAUUUUUACUAAUUUGUAACGUUACUAUGUGGGUCAUAUAUACUUUUGAAAAUCGUAAAGUUGCUGAUAAUCCAGUUCAGCUUGACUUCUAUGGUUAUCUUGCUUGGACUCUUAUUCAGAGAGUUACUUUGCCUCUAUGCAUUUUUCACAGAUUUCACAGUGCAGUUACGCUUGCUGAAAUAUGGAAGACGAGCUAUAAAGCCCGUCUGGAGUAAAUAUUAAAAUCAUUGAAACGAAGAUUGAUUCGAAACUCUUUUAAUGUAGAAGAGAUAAUUAUUCAGUGAACUACAUGAGUUUACUCUAAAGUCAAAGUCUUCUAGCGCGAAAUUCUAAUUUUCAGUGUCAGGUGAAAUAUGAUGGUCAAACCAUUUUCUUUAUUCUAUAUUAUCUAAUAAAUUUUUAUACUUUUAUACCUUGGAACCUAUGUUUUGUGCAAUGAGCAUAUGCUUUAUAUACUUAUGCCAUGCACCAUAAAAUUCAACGUAGAUUUGAGUUUAUUUAUUUGUCUAAAUAUACACCUUUACAAGUAAAAGUCAAAAUUUUACUAUUGCACAAUUAAGAUAGAGAUCAUUAUUUCUUAAUUUUUUUCCAUAUAAUUGUUUUCGAGAAAUUAUAUUUUUUUUUUUGCCUAGCCAUGUUUAGUCAGUGUCUGUAAAGUACAAACUUGUUUUCAAUAUUUUAAGUAAUAUUUUAGACAGUUACAUAAAAUUUUUAUGUGUAACUUUUUAUUUAGCAUGCAUCAAUAAAGAACUGAUGUUUACUUCAAUAUAUUUUAAGCAGAAGACACAAAAAACGAAUGAUUAUUUAUGUUCACAAAGUACCAUGAUUGAAAAUAGUGUUUUCAAAAAAAAAAAUUACUUACUUUAUAAAAAAAAGAAAAAAUAUCGUAAAAUACCUUUGAAAAGGAGAAGAGAAUUCUAUUCCUAAAUUUAUUAUGAAUUAGGCAAACUAGAAAUUUAGAAAUGAUAUUGCUAAGGUAUGAAUAAAUUGACUGUAUCGAGAUAAGUAAGCAUUUAUCCAAAUCUAUAAAUGUUUUCCAUAACAAAAAUAUGCUUCAUAUAAAAAAAAAAAAGAGAUAAUUUAUA